AUGACGACUGUUUUUCACGGGUGCGAUCCAAUGAUUUCACCGACCGUCGACAAUGCUCUUGACGAAACUAUUCAAUUUCAGGUGAGUUUCAAAACAUUUUUUUUUGUUGUGAAACACUUAUACUCUGUAUUAAAUGAAAUAGGAUGAAAGGAGAAGUUUUAUUUAUUUUUAGCCCUGCCAAUCCACCAGCGGUUCUUCUAAUGGCUCCCCUUCAAACGCCUUCUCCGAGCCUUCACCAUCCAACGUUUUCCACGACGAUUCACAUGUUUAUACAAAUUUAAAAGAAAUUGAAGAAUUGAAUAGGUAUCACUUUCAUAUAUUCUUUUUUGAAAGUUCUUUCAAGUCGGCCGAUCCCACCAGUACCGUCGCCGUCCGCCACGCCGAAAAGAGAUCUUCGAAAUGGCUGGUUUGAAUUCGAAACGGAUGUUGGAAGGUUUUUAAUAGUUUAAUAAGUUUCAAAAAGUUUUUUGUGUUCAGGACGUACUUUCAUCACAAAGAAAGUGGAAAAAGUCAAUGGAUCCCACCGCGAUUCAUCCGAACGCCAGCCCAAGUGCAGGUGAUAUUAAUUGAAGUUGUACUUUUUUAAUGAAUACCGAUUUUCAGGCUUUUUUAAACGAAACUAAAAUAGAGUUGGACGAAAAUUGCACGACUCAAGGGAAAUAUGCAGAAGAAGAUGAGAAAAAACUUCCGGUAAUUAAAUUUAUCAGUUUUGUUUCAUUUUUUUUCUUUUCAAGGCCGAACCUGUAGAAGAAGAAAUCUUCGACGAAGUUGCUGACGACGAAGAAGAAGAGAAGGUUUAAUACUGUUUUUUUAUUUUCAUGUUCUUAAUAAAUCUGAAAAACAGCAAGGCUAAAACGUUUUCUGAAACUAAUAAUCGAUAACGUUGUUUUGCAGGUUCUUGUUCCGCAUGAAGCCCUCCUUCAUACAGAAUGUGACGAGAAAAAAUCUCUCACACCAACGUCCAACUCACAUUUUUUCAACGCAAAUGAUUCCAUUGAUUCGGUAUAUUCUAUAUAUCAUUUAUUCUCCAAAUUUCAGAGUCAAUUGUUUAAUUAUCAUUUUAUACAAAUUGUUCAGCCAUCCGUCACGACGAGCGAUGGAAGCGCCAGAAAACACAUUUCUCCGGGAAGUUUGCGCUCAAAAUCGUUCAACAAUCGGAAUACUGUCCUGAAGAACGUCCCACUCCCACAGGUUAAACCAUUUCGCAAUUUCUGGUUUAUAUUUCGUUCUGUUUGAGGUUUUGCCCACUGGCAGUAUGAUGGAAAUGUCACACACUUUGGAUCGGAGAUGUACACGCGAGAGAUGUUCGAGCAGUACAGGUUCACAUUUAUUCUUUUUCACAGAACGUCUAUGACAAAAAAAAAAGCGUUAAGUAGCAUUAUGGUUAUCCACAGAGUCCUAAAAUCCAUUUUUUCAUCAUUGGUUCAAUGAAAGUUCUCUUCUUAGCUGUCUAAUUAAACUUUUCCUUGCCUAAAUAUUCCUUGAAGGUAAAUAAGCCAUGUAGUUUUUUUAGAAUUGAAAUUCAGCAAAACUAAAAAAUUUUCACCUCUUAUUUUAAAAAGAAUCCUUGUUUAAAAAAACUACAAAAAAGCUUUGAAUUCGAUUCCACCACAGUUUUUUUGAAAUUAAAAAAAUAAGUAGUUUUUCAGAAUUACUGGUAAUAAUAUAAUUUUUUUAGUUAACGCUCUAAAAGUUUUUUUGAGAAGAGUCAGAAAACGAAGGUUCUAGCAGAUUCUGAAAACGAACGACGCGGCAGCACGGAACAUCGCGAGCCUGUCAGAACUAUCCGGAGCGGAAACAUGGAGCGAUGCGAGCUUCGUGAUGACGUCACGAACAAGUCCAAGGUUUCGCAGAUUCAGAAACACCUCUCAAUAUUCAUAAGUCUGAAGAAAAAAGAGUGGGUCACCAACUUCAUGUACCUGACAUCUGCGCACUUGAUUCUGUACAAAGACGAGAAAAGUGCGGAGGUUGGAAAAAAGAAAAAAGUGGUUAUGAAUUCAUAACGAAGUUCAGAAAAACGGAAAACAUUAUGAUCCGCCGAUGGGGGUUUGGGAUUUGCGAGGCGCCGGCGUCAAUUGGUACUCCGAGAAGGAAAAGAAAAAGCGAAAAAGUUUUUUGGUCGGUUUUUUGAAAAGUCUUCAAGAAAAAUUGAACAUUAAAUUUAGUUCAACGAAAUUUUUAACAGUUCUAAUUUCUUUUUCGAAUUGCGUUUGAACUGCGCAAAGAAGUGAAUUUUGGAAAGAGUUACUGAAACCCGUUUUAAAAUAUCAAUCAGUUUACUUUCAGUCAAUGUCUCUAUAUUUAUGAAGAAGUUUUUUACUAGUUUUUUUUUUGUUUUUAGAGUUUAUUUACCAGUUUCCAUCAUCUUCAAUGAUUGUAGGGAGAUAUUUUCAGCAUCAGUCGAUAUCUUUGAUUUGGACUUGAAAUGGAAUAAGAAAUUGUUUUCUGAAUGACUUUUAAAAUGUUUUUAGCUGGAUCUCAACAGUACUGGCCGGUAUCUGUUGCGCACCUUGAGUGACAACGACACGAAUGAAUGGUUCAGCGCCCUUCAUGACGUCAUUUCUAAAUUGGUAUCCUUUUUUUAUGAUUGAAAAUAUAUGGUCUGAACAAGUUUUUCAGAUUAUUAGUUAUCUAAAAAAAAAUAAAUAAUUUUUAUUCUUCGGAGAGCUAGAAAAAAAGAAAAAAAGCUUUUUAGCCACACUUUCUAUCAAUAUGAUUGGAAAUAUAGGGUUUGAACGAGUUUUUUUCAGUUUAUUAGUAAUCUAAAAUAAAAAUAAAUUAGUGUCCAAUCUUUCUGUUUUCAGCCAGCUCCGUCGACGACGGGAAUCGACCCAGUCACUCUGAACCCAACGGUCGUUCGCAAUUUCUCGACUCUUUCCAUGCGUCCUCUGUCCCACUCGGCGCUCCAAUAGUUGGAUUCCCAGAGUUAUCGAUCGAUUCUGAUUGAGUCUCUUCAGCAAGAGCGGCCGCAACAGAAGUCGGACGGACGUGAUGACUCAAUCGGCCAUCGAAACCGUCUCCCAUACGGCGGACGAGCCGCGACCCUCCAAAGACAGCAUUUUGGAGAAACUUCGCCGGUUUUUCCGCACUCGUCCCAGCGUCGAAAGCCUAAAAGAGAAGGGCAUCUAUAAACGUGAGUUUCUUUUCUUUUUCUCAGUGAUGCUAAUCAUAUGUUUUUUUCAUUUCGCCUGGAGAUUAUAAACGCUGGUCAGCUUUCUUUUAAAGAGCAUCUGAAUUUAAAAAAUUUUCAAAGUUUGCUUAUUUACUAGAAAAUUGGUCAUUCAUAUUUUCAAAGUUAUUUAGGAACGGCUGAGCGAUCUCAUUUCAUUAUAAGAUCAAGAAGAAAUCAAGUUCUGUUUUUUUUGUGUGAAAUUGGUUGCAGUCAAUCAGUCGAACUGUCAACAGUAAAUUUUUUGAAAUAAAGAAAAAAAAACCAAAAAUUGACAUUUUUUCAAUAAAAAACCACGCGUGAGUUUUGAAAACGAUUAUAUUUGUAGUGAGCGGCUUCAUCGCCUUGCAUUCAAGUUUUUGGUUCAAUAGUCUGUUAAAAAUCGUGUUUUUUUAGCGGAGCCGGUCUUCGGAAGUACCCUGGCUGUAAUAUGUCAACACGAAAAUUCAUUGGUUCCUAAAUUCAUUCGAGUUGUGAUUGAAGUAAUUGAAGGCAAGGGAUUGGAAACGGACGGUAUUUACAGGUAAAUUUUCAUUUUUGAUGAAAAAAAGGUAAUUUGGCCGUAUUCCAAUUUUUAUUCUCAUUAUUGCGCUUAAAACCAACUUUUCUAUGAUACUGUGUUCAAAGAGAUUACGCGAAACUUGAAAUAGUCGUCAGAGAGUGAAAAUAUAAUUCAUUUUUGGUUCGAGAUAAUUUCGAUUUUCCCAGAAAUUGAUUUAAACACGGCUUAAAAUCAACCACUUCUAGGGGGAAAAAAAUUAGACCAAUUUUACGAUAAAAUGCGAAAAAAAAGUUUUUUUCAUUAUAAAUUUCAUCACGCCAAAUCUAUCGAAAACUUUUUCAAGAUUUAAAAAAACCUUUAAAAAAAGAGAAAUAUAAAAUGUUUAGAAUGAGUGGAAAUCUGUCGGCUGUUCAGAAGAUCCGUUGCCAAGUCGAUCAAGGUGAGUGAUUUCGUUUCAAAAAUAAAUCAUCGACUUUUCCCAAUUUCUAGACAACUACAAAGCGUUAGUUGCGGAGGAAGACGUCCACGUUUUGACCGGAGCUCUGAAAUUGUUUUUCCGAGAGCUCGGCGAACCUCUUUUCCCACCCGCUCAGCACAAGGAAUAUAUAAGCUCAAUGCGUACGUUCUAUACAAAUCAUCUUCGGUAUUUUGUCCUUUCCAGAAAAUCCCAAUACGACAGCUCGUCAAAAGAAAUUCGAAGAGCUUUUGGGUCGGUUGCCGGCGGAAAAUCGGGAAACCCUCAAAACGCUUCUUAAGCACUUGAAUAGGUUCUUUUUUGAACCUAUUAUCAGGAUGAUUGAUUUUCAGUUGUUAAUUUGCAGUCUGUCUGUCUUUUUUUAUUUUAUUUUAACAGAAGAGGAUAUCAUAUGAUGAAAUUUGUAAUUUUAAAAAAUAGGAAAAAGUCACAUUGCUUUUUGAAACUUUUUUUGAAGAACUGGCAAGCUAUAAAUGUCGAGAGCCGUUUUUUUUUUUGAAGAAACAAUUUAUACUUUCUUCCAUUGCUAUUCUUCCAUAUUUUUUUCGCAAAUAAGUUUUCAGAGUUUCCUCGUAUGCUGCGCAAAAUCGCAUGCAGCAACAUAACCUGGCCAUCAUGUUCGGUCCGACGCUUUUCCAGUCCGGAGAGCGAGAAGUUCGCCAGAAGAAACCGGUGAAAAACAAGCGCGACGGAAAGAAAGUAGGGAUCUCUUGAGUGAUUCACUCAGUCAACUCAUUAUAAACUCAGGAGGAAGCGAAAUCGGCGACGCCGGUGCAGUCCAAUUCGCACCUCGCGUUCAGCAUGAUCAUGCAGAGCCAAAUUGUACAGUACCUGCUCGAGUCGGCGGCCAAUUUCGAGACACUCAAAGGCCCGAUUCAUUACACUCGCUGA